UAGUAAUAAUUAUUCUCCUAUUUAUAAUUAAUUUGUAAUAAUACAUAAAGCAUUAGUUUUAUUGUUUAGAAAAAGUUAGCGUAAUAUAAAAUUAAUAUAUGAAUGAAACGAAAUACCAUUAUCUUUCUAUUUAAUUCCCAGCAGCGUUGUCUCUGUUUUCGCCGUUGUUUCCUUUCCCCUCUCUCUCUCUCUCUCUCUCUCUCUCUCUCUCUCUCUCUCCUUUUGCUCUGCAUAUAUUGUCUCCCUUCCCGAUUCAAUCGUUUCUAGCAAAAAAAAAAAAAUAAGUGAAUCAUCUUUCUUCAUCUUUCUUCAUCUCUCUCAAGAACAGGUAAACACAACCUCUCUCAUCCGCUCCUUCCUUUUCUCCUAUCUUCUCUGUAUUAUUUUCCUUUUAAUAAACUCUCCUUCUCUUCUCUUCAUUUCCAUUUCUGUAUAUUUUACAAAGAAAGCGGAGGAAAAUUUUCUGAAUUUUUCUUCGCUUUUAGUACCCAUCUUCGGUUUUAUUACAAGAUUCUGAUUUUCGACGAGCUUGAUCGAUCUAAAUUCUCAAGAUCUAUGGCGGAAGAGCAUCGAUGUCAGACGCCGGAAGGCCACCGUCUAUGUGCUAACAACUGCGGCUUCCUCGGCAGCUCCGCCACCAUGAAUCUCUGCUCCAAUUGCUACGGCGAUCUCUGUCUUAAGCAACAGCAACAAGCUUCCAUAAAAACCACCGUUGAAUCCUCUCUCUCCUCCGUAUCUCCUCCGUCGACGGAGGUAGCUUCCGUCUCUUCUCCGGUGAUCUCACCUCUCGUUCAAAACCCAUUAGCCGAACUGGAGGUAACGACGAAAAACGUUCCGGCGACGUUUACUCCGCCGCCGCAGACAACGACGGAGGAUAAGCAGCUGAAACGGCCGAAUCGCUGCACGACGUGCAGGAAACGGGUCGGGUUAACCGGGUUUAAGUGCCGGUGCGGGACGACUUUCUGCGGGGUCCACAGGUACCCGGAGGUCCAUGGAUGCACCUUCGACUUCAAAUCGGCCGGUCGUGAAGAGAUCGCAAAGGCGAACCCGUUGGUCAAAGCGGCGAAGCUUCAGAAGAUUUGAUCCGAGCCGUUCGAUGCGUUGACUUUUCUGUCUUCAUGUAAACGCGUCCGUCUCGGAGUAAUCAGGAUGGUGUGAGAUUGAUCUCAGCCGUUCAUCAUGGGUCAUUAUGUAAAAGAUAUGUAUUAUCGAUGGACACGUGUCACGUGACGCUUCCAUCUUCCCAAUUAAUUUUCUUUUCCCUAUAAAGAAAUAAGAUUAUUCGCGUUGGCUUUU